AUGUGCGUCUGCACCUCACAAACGAGUACCUCGUUUUUUCUGUGAAGACUGAGCGUAAACUAAAGAGUAAAUAUCUACUUUCUGAGAGGGACAAAUGCUUAUGUAUUUUUGGAUGUGUACGUUAUGGAAAUGGUUCCUGUUGGCCAGUCUGUUACAGCGCGUUGUUCAUGCAAAUAUAACCGCGAUUUUUUCAGAGGCCCGUGAGUUCGGGAAACAACAGCUAAAGGAGCAAAUACAGACCCGAUUGGAUCGUGCAGAUGAUGACAAAGACGAGACAGAAGGCAGUUGUAGGCAAGCUGUUUAUGCAAUGAAACCGCAAACUCCUAGCGGACAAGAAGAUGAAUACGACGCCGUUGAACAACUUGAGACUUUGAGAUACCUCUUGGAAAGGUCUGAAAAGUCCCUUUCCGCCAUCCGCGCUGACUCAGAAAUUAACUCACUGUGGUCGCAGGCUUUCCCAAGCUGCUUGUGCAGUGUGACUUGUCCAUCCAGCGAAACCCAAUAUCGUACAGCAGACGGUACAUGUAAUAAUCUGGCAAACCCAUGUUGGGGAAAGUCAUCAAGUCCACAGGCAAGGCUUCUACCAUCCAAAUACGGAGAUGAUCUGGGACUUGGAUCAGCGCCGAGAAACGCAACAUCAGGACAAACCCCAGUUGAACUGCCAAGUGCCCGGCGUAUUUCAUCAGCGCUCUUCAGAGAUUUCUCAAAAAAGGAUGAAGACACCAAACUAUCAUUCGAAGUUAUGAGCUGGGGUCAAUUUAUCGACCACGAUAUGGUUUUUACGCCAGUUUCGAAAGGUGCUGGUGGGAAUAGCAUUGCCUGUUGUGUUGCUCCAGUAAACAGCACCAUUCGAGCAGCGGUAACUGACAGGGUCGAAUGCGCUGCAAUUGCUGUAGACUUUACGACAGAUCCACAUUUCAACAAUACCGAGUGUUUGGAUUUCGUCAGAUCUGCUCCCACCACCAGCACAGAUUCGUCUUGUAUCCCCCUAGGAAGAGAACAGAUGAAUCUGGCGACCUCAUUUAUUGACGGUUCAAUGGUGUAUGGGGCAACAGCUGCUAGACAGCUCUCUCUCAGAGACACGGAGAAAAAUAAAGGUCUGAUGCUGGUAAGUCCUGGUAAUUUACCUCCUCCAUUGGAAACCCCUGUGUCAUGCAGACUGACUUCAGAGGAAGGAAACUUUUGUUUAAAAACAGGUGACGGACGUACUCAAGUGGUGCCCAAUCUCGCAAACGACCAUGUUCUGAUAUUGAGGUUGCAUAACCUCUUUGCGAACCAGUUGGCUCAGAGAACAAGUUGGACCGACGAGAAACUCUUCCAGGAAGCCAGAAAGAUGACUAUUGCUGUACUACAGCAGAUAACAUACGCUGAAUACCUCCCUCUUAUCCUUGGUCCAAAUUUGAUGAAUGAAUACAAGCUUAAAGUGUGGGAAUCAUCUCAUAAUAUUUACAACAGCGCUAUAAACCCAACCGUCUUUAACAAUUUCGCUGUUGCUGCUUUCCGAUUCGGCCAUUCCCAGAUCACAGAUUUCCAGAAUAACCUAAAUAACUAUUACAACCACACGACAGUGAACAAAAUAGAAGACACUUUCCUUCGACCAAUAUUUACCGUGCGUAAUAAAGGUGAAGACCUUGACAAGCACGCAAGAUGGAAGGUGACAAGCCACUCGGGUGAAGCCGGAAGACUGUUUCCGAAGGGUGUGCUUGACCUACUCUUCUUGGAUUCUCUUGGACAUAGCCUUGACCUUCCUGCUAUAAACAUCCAGAGAGGAAGGGACCAUGGUAUUCCGCCUUAUGUAGAGUUUCGGGGUGUGUGUGGGUUAAACGUACCGGCGUCCUUCAGUGAUUUGACGAACCACGCUUCUGCCAACAGAGCACUUUUAGCGUCCAUAUACGGCGAUGUUGCGGAUAUCGACUUGUUCGCUGGAGCUAUGACAGAAGAGUACGUGCCAGGUGGAAAGGUUGGACCAACGUUCGGCUGCCUUCUAGGAAUACAGUUUCAGGCUCUUAAACACGGAGACAGGUUCUGGUUUGAAAGUAGCAACGUCUUCAACACAGACCAGAUUAUAGAACUCAAGAAAAUGACACUGUCCAAGGUGAUGUGCCUGAACUAUAACAUGUGUAAUUUACAACUGCGUGCGUUCGAAAUACCAAAUUUCAUCAACAACAGACCGACAGCAUGUAGCAACAUGCCAGACAUGAACUAUGAUGUGUUUAAAUGAGAUGUCUACGACAAGCGAAAGAUGGAAAAGUGUGAUGCUGUAAAUAAUGUCCUUCUUGGCAGACAUUCUAACACUGUUUUUUUUUAUAUAAUCAAGAUUCCGCCAUAAUCUUACUCCCCUGUUAUUUGCAAAUUAUGUCACGUUUGCUCAUGUCAAAUUAAAAAAUAAACAUCUUCCAUCAUUAUCAGUGUCCGUAGUUAAAACAUUUAUGGAAUAAAUGUAAAAUCCAUAAUUUCAACCUUCAAAACCCCAGUUUUUUAAUUAAAAAUCUUCUCAAUAGCUAAGGUCAUAUACAAAUGGAGAAACUGCCGAAGGAAAAGACUGGGUGUAGCCUCAACUUUGAAUCUGAAAGAACAAUCACCGAUAAAGGGCACUGUAGUGUCAGAAUGAUUCAAACUUUUCAAACAAAUCUGGCAGCUCUUUUCUGAAGUUCUUUCCGUUAGUGCUUCAUACAGAAGUACAAUGAAUGUCAUCACUGAUCUGCUUCCUAGGCAUUUUGUCUAUCCUUUGCAUAACAGGAAAAUAACAUGAACAGUGUUACUUUUUCAUGUCUUUUUGUCUAUAAAAAAUAAUAAUGAAAUUAAAAAAAAACAAUAAUCCCAUAAAGAUUCACCGGAAUGCUCGAUUGGUAGAACAGCCAAAAGCCGUGCAUUUUCCUAUGACUGACGUUUUCAAAUAAAGUCCGUCGAUGCAACGUAAACUGUAAAAAAAAAUCAGUAUGUCCUUGUUUUAUAUUAUAUGUUGUAUUGCAUCAAUCGUAAGCGAGUGGAUAAUUCGCUAUAAUGAUCUUUUGUUAUUACGAUUUUUGACGUUUGUUAAUUAUGAAGUCGCACAGCAAAGGUAUUGCCUCUAAAUUCGAAAAUUGGGAAACGCCGUCAUCACCGUUCUGUUAUUUGUUGAUACUGAACAAAAUGUUUUAAUGUUGAGGUCGCAAAUAAACUAAGAGUAGACAUGA